AAUACACUAACAUUAGCUACAAUUUUAACUCAUUUAAAACUAUCAGAUUUACUCCUCCUUUAUUAACUUGUUACUAUAAUGUAAUUGGCAUAGGUGUGUCGCUGACAACAAAAUUUGACACAACAAUUCAAAUUGAUCCACCUUAUCCACAACGCCGAGAACUACAAGCAUGGUAUUACAUUGCCUUCAUAUAUAUUCUGACUAUCUUUUCCUAUCAAUAAAUAUUAUGAACUAUUGACAUUUGCAUUAUAUACAGGGUCACUGAGAACCGCCAAAUACUUACCUCUUUCACUCUCAGAAGUACAUCCACAUCAGGAUUUCUUCUCUCUGUUCCCAUGGAUGAAGAAAUAGUACCUAUUGCAAGCAUUGACUCGCAACAAGAUGGCCACACAUUUACAGUUGAGGCAAAAAUAACCUUUCCCACUGACCUUAAGAAAUUCUAUGUCUUAGUCUGUUCAAACUGUGGGCAAGACGUGCGCUAUCCAACCAUAAGAGAAAUCGAUUGUAUGAACUGUGACCAGAAAAACCUCUUAGUACCCAGGUGCAGGUUUGAUAUAGAUCUCACAGAUGACUCAGGCUCAACAAUUGGAAUAAUUAUGGAUAAAGAAGGAGAAAAAUUAUUGUCCCUUACUGCAGAAGAAAUUUACAAAAGGGCUUCGGAUCCGGGUAACUAUCCAUCUCUGGAAGACGUUCGAGCUAACAUUAGCAACAAACUCUUCCAUGUUCGAGCAAAGAAAGCAUUUGCCCGUCCUUCACGCACAACAUCAGUGAAAUUAUACAUCCACUCCUGUGUUGAAAAGCAAAGUUUUACUGAUUCUCUUCCCUCACCGAGCACAAUCAAUACUCAUGAAGCAAGCAAAAGAAAACAGAAAGUCCACCCACCGCACAUAACUGAAGAAGCUGGAUCACUGAAAAUGAAACAGAAACUGGAUCCAGCAACUCCUAAAAAAACCAACUGAAGG